CUCAAGAACCCUUUCUUUCCCAGCCUUGCACUCGAACCGAACUCCGUCUCCUUCACCUAUCAAGAUGAGGCUCACUUUCAUUGCUGCAGCUCUAGCGGCCACUGCCAUCGCCGCUCCUCUGCAAAGAAGACAAUGCUUCAUCGACAAGGAUGGCGUUCAGACUUGCAUAAACAACCCCACGUGCAGCACAAACGAGGACGGAGUGACGACUUGUGUGAGCAAGCGAGAAGCGGAAGACAUAAUCAAGCGACAAUGCUACAUCGAGGACGGUGUCCAGACUUGUAUCGACAACCCAACUUGUACCACGAACGAGGACGGCACUAUCUACUGUGUAUCGAAGCGAGACGAGAGCUCUUCAAAUCAAAAACGCCAAUGUAUGGUCGACGAAAAGGGCCAGCCAAUAUGCAAUACAGAGCCCCGAUGCUACACGAAUGACGAUGGCUCCGAGUCCUGCGUCCUCAAGCGUGACACAGAUGCUGCUUUGGAAAAGCGACAGUGCUGGAUCGACAAAGAAGGAAAGCAAUUCUGCAGCACCGAGCCGACGUGCUCCAUUGAUGAGGAUGGCAACAAGAUUUGCGUGUUGAAACGCGAGUCGGCUACCUCAAACCAAAAACGUCAGUGCAGGAUCACCGAGAGCGGUGAGAGUGUCUGCAACACAGUGCCCACAUGCAGCACUGACAAGGAUGGGAACGAAGUCUGUGUGCUCAGGCGGGACGUGGAGGCGGCGAUGCAGAAGCGACAAUGCUUCAUUGAUGUCAAUGGCAAGCAGUACUGUAGCACUGAGCCGACAUGUUCGAUCGAUGAGGACGGGAAUGAGAUCUGCACUUAGAAGAAAUGUCUUGCAUAUGCAAUCGGCAGCACGAGAGACAGGAAUGAAGGCACACGGAACGAAUGACGAAGACAUGGAACGAUGCAUAGUAAAAACGAUAGACCGUCAGCUUAAUAUUGUAAUUGACACGAAGGAAGCUGCUGCUCCAAGAUUAACAGAGA